AUGGCACAGGGAAAAGAUGAGUCUCUUCGCAAGUUCGUCGAGAGAUUCAAAACAGCAGCAGCUGAGCACUCAGACAUCCCCGACGAUGGGAAUCAAGCUUUCGAAAACGGGCUUUGGUUCGAAUCAAAGUUGAAAGAGAGUCUGAUGCUCGACGAACCCGCAACCCUCCAGGACGCUUUGCACAGGUCCCAAAAAUACGUCUGCGUUGAAGAAAGCAAGGCGCACCACUCAAAGAUUCAUGGAAUGACGAAGGAUCGUCUCGCAUGCAUCAUCUCGUCAAGAGGCAGCGACGAGUCCAAAUGGUGCAAACUCCAUGGACGAACCGAUCAUACUACAGAAGAAUGUAGGCGCAUCAACAGCAUGAUACUAGAGUACGGCAAUACUCCGCAAAGCCAAAUGAUGCUGAACGCCGCGACGAAAAUCGACGAGCUGCAAACCAGCGCCAAAGUAGAAAUACGACGCGCCAAGAUCGAAGACGACGACGCCGAGAAGAACGCGCCUGCAUCACUCCCUCACCAAGAUGAUCUGCCUCCGCCGCCGAAACGGCAAGUCCGAUAA